AUGAUCAAAGAAUUGAAUAGGAAAUGUUUUCGAGUUCGCAACGAAAAAGGAGACUAUAUAUGCUUUGCGUUGGAUCGAACGUGUGCCGACGAAAUUUUGUGGAAGAAGAAAGGCGCUUCUCCUCCUCAUGAUCCGCAACGUCCGCGGAAAAGAAAAGCCUCAGAUGAUUUCCUAGCAACGAUGGAUAAGCGGUGUUUAGUGAGAGACUUCGCGUGUAUCUUAUGUCAGCGUAUCUGUAAUAUUCCCGUUGCAACCACGGUGUGUAUGCAUAGGUUUUGUGAAAGUUGUAUGAGUCCUCGAAUAGCGGCUGGUAAUCUACGAUGUCCCCGGUGCAAUAUGCAACUAGAUCAGAAUCAGCCUGUUUGUCAUGAUUCGAAUUUUCAGGAUAUUAUAGCCAAAAUAGAUUUUGACUUGAACACCGUUCAUGAUUUGUUAACCAGAAAACCUCAUUCCGCUUGUGAGUUUUCGAGUAUUACUAGUGACGAAGAGUACAUGGAUAUGUGCAACGUAUCGGAAGAGCGUCGAAAAGUUAUAAGAAAAAAGACAACACCUCCAAGUAGGAUACAUCCAUUAGCUGCCGAACACGCGUUUUACUGGGAUCGAAAGUUCCAAAACAGUAAUGCUUUGGUACAGCGGUAUUUGAAAAAGAUGGGAUUGCCGCACCAUGAUCCCCCGCUUCCUCUGCCAAGGAUUCCAGAGCAUGACGGAGGUGAAAUUGAAGAGCGACGGCCGUUCCGUAUUUAUGGUAACCUUAUCAACCAUGUUCCUCCCCCACUGCGUGAUAAACGUAUUAGAGAUGGCGGAGGUUACGAUGCCGAGUACAAGCUGUUUGAGUGUAAUAAGGAUCACAUUUGGCCAACGAUUGAGAAGAAGGAACCCAACAGAUUUGGCAUCACUGCCGAAUAUCGAAAAAGUCUGUUGAAAAUGCAUCGUAUACUUCGGCCGAAGUCGCGAGCUACGGAAACUUUGGUAAAUGAACGUGCUGGGCUGGAAUCUGGAGAUGACAUGCCUGUUUCCUGUGAGGGAAAAAUCAAAAGUGACGUGGUAGAGAAAGUAGAGGCUGAGGCAGACGUUUUUCUGGAGAAGGAAGCGAACGGAGAGUCGUCGAGUAAUGGGUCUCUGGAUUCGGAGGACGUGAAUGACUUGGUUGCUGAACGCCAUCAUUUAUUCCUCAAUCGGCAAGCGACGCGAAUUGUGGAAGUGGUGUUACGCCCUAACCGAAAUCCGAAAUCAUCGUCGCGAAUAAUCUCCACACGAGAAUUGCCAUCAUUUUAUCUGUUUGUGGAUGAAGCUGCCACUGUCGCUCACCUACAACAAUUUGUUUUGAUGCGGAUCAACACUCAGCAUCCGAAAACUGAGCGACGCCGUGGGAAGCGAUCACCGCAUGUGUCUCCUUCGAAAGAAGGUGCCGAAAUAUUAGAUACGAAAAGCCUCAUGAAUAGCACUGCAUACUCCAUUGGCACCAAAGAAGGGGACAGUACAAUCUAUGCUUCAGCUUUUCCUGUACAAAAGCUUAGUGAAACUCUGACGCUUUCUGAGGUGAGUUGUGCUGCUUACUAUCAUCUUAUUCAGAGUAGUGCUUCAUUCCAAUAUACCUUGGUUCUAGGACGGAUUACUUUCAGGGGUUUCCAAUCGCUUUAG